AUGAAGGUCAAAGAAACAUAUGGUCGACACACGGUUAGUUACGACGAUUUAUUGCAUGAUUUAAAAAUGUUUAUGAACAAAAGUACUUACUACUUUGUUAUUACUAACAAUAGUCUAUAUGCGAAUGGAAAUACCCACCAGCUCUCUAAAAGGGAGCAUAAAAUUGGAUCUCCUGAACGACCAAUAUCAGAUUUGGGUAUUAAAGGAUACCAUUCUUAUUGGAAACGUACAAUACUGAAAAUUCUCCAAGAACAUACAACCAAUCUAUACAAAGUCCAAGAAGGCGCAAGUUCUAUGAAUGGUGACGAAACGUCACAUAAUGACAACGGGAGAUUCAUGAUUACUAUUAACGAAAUUUCUCUGAUGACGAGUAUUCGUAGAGAAGACAUUAUAUGUACUCUCCAGGAGAUGGGCUUUCUCAAGUACAGAAAUCCCAAUGGUAACGGCGUUAAUUAUGCUACCAUCACUAAUGAUGUAAAUAAUCAUGCUGUUAACGGUACUGAACAACAUGAUCAUCAUGAACAACAGACACAUAAUAAUAGCCCUCAACAAGCACAGUACCAAUUACACCUUAUCAAAUUUCAAACUAAAAACAAGAGAAAGUUGGCUCUAACAAUCGAGAAUGGCAAAAAAAAAGAAGCCACCAAAAAAACUCCAGGAGAGUUACUAAAGAACUCUAAGAAAGUCACUAAAGAGCUUCAAGAAAGAACCCAAAAAGGCAGUCAAAGAGCUCAAAGAAUGUUAUCAAAGAACUUAAGAAUAUCACCAAAGAACUCAAGAAAUAUUGCCAAAGAACUUCAAGGUCUUCAAAGAAUUUUAUAUCGUCAACAAGAACUCAAAGUUGCCAGAAAAACUUCAAAAUCAUCGAAAAACUCCACGUUCAUUCAAUAA